AUGGAUGCGCUCAGGCUGGGCUGGGCUGGGCUGGGCUGGACCCGUGCCAGUGCCAGUGCCAGUGCCAGUACCGCCUCGCCGCCAGCCCAGAGCCUUGAACCACAACCUGACCUCCCCUCCCCCCCCCAAAACACCCAGCCUUACCCUCUUCUCGCUCCUUUGCUGUCUCACCUUCAUUCUCUCAAACUGCUUCUCCCAGCCGGCCGUCGUUUUGCUCCUGUUCCUGCUCCUGCUCCUGCUCCUGCUUCCUCACUCCCAGCCUCGAAUCCGCCCCAAUUGCCGCGUGCCGCUUCUCUCUCGCCGCCUCCGACGCUCUGCUCUGCUCUGCUCUGCUCUGCACGUCCUCGCUGCAUCAAUUCCGGCGUCUGGUUCGAAAAGCUGCCGACUGCUCCGCCUGGCCUCGCCCAGCCUCAGUCGAUCCGUGCCUCUCCAAAAGAAAGAAGAAGAAAAAACCUGCUACCACAACAGCCGUCUCGCCUCGUCUCGCCUCGUCUCUCGCCGUCCCACGUCGCCUUUCCUCUUCUCUUCUUCUUCUUGUCGCCGCCGAGCCCGUCGAUGGAACCGUCCAGUAAAAAGCGGAAGCUGGCUCCCAAGGUCAACACCUCUGUGGCUCCCAACCCUCAGCCUGCUGCGCAGUAUUCCCACGAAACGAUCGUCGCCCAUUUCCAGCCGCCACAGCAACAGCCUUACCCCGUACACGAUGCCCCGGUUGCCGAACGACAAGACUUCGAGGCCUUUGCGCGUCAUCUGCAGGAUGCGGCCAUGCUGAUACAGCGCCAGACGGAGCGCCCGCCUCACAGCGACGUCUCCGUCCUGCUGCUGAGCUGGGAAGAGGAUCGUACAGUGGACGAGGACGUUGCCGCGGUAGAGCAGGUCAUGCAGAAGCAGUACGGCUUCACCACGCAGCGCUGGCAGAUCCCCACCGUCCCAAACCCAAGCAUCAAGCUCGGCGUCCAAAUGGCGUCCUUUCUCGAAAACGCAAGGCCCAACCACCUCCUCAUUAUAUACUACGCUGGCCACGGAUAUGCCGGUCCCGAUGGCCAGCUGUAUUGGGCCUGCAAUGCGCGCGAGGAUGCUGCCAAACUCAAAUGGGAUGGUGUGCGGUGCUUGUUCGAAGAUGCCCAGUCCGACAUUCUCCUGCUUCUCGAUACAUGUGCCGACCCCGAACCCGCAGCUGCGGGUAGCCACGGUGUGAAGCAGGCCAUUGCGGCAUGCUCCCGAGAGCACAAGCUCCGACAGGAACCUGGCCAGCGCUCAUUCAGCUCCUUUCUGGUGGAAGCGCUUCGCAAGCUGAGCGCGGGACAGCAGCCUUUCAACGUCCAGCGGCUUUACGACGAGACCCGUGCCCUGAAGCAGCAGCAGCGUGUCAAGAGCCCAACUCCCGCAAGUAGCGCAACGGCUUCCGCCUCGCCCGUCAUGCCCAUAUUCUUCACCCUGACUCCCGGCAAGGGGCAAAACUUGAUGCUGGCGUCCAUGGUCGGCAGGACGCCCCUGCCUCCCCUGAAUGGCGUAGAUGCGCCGGAUGGGCAGAGUAGUCGCGCACGUGAAGACCAUCUCAUCGACCCGGAUUCCGUAGCUGACAUCAGAUUCGAAGAGCCCCGGAUAUUGGUCUGCACAACAUUUGUCGGGGAUGCGAGCCCGGACAUGUCUUACUUUCACCAGUGGCUACAGAACAAGCCGACCCUGGGCGCCACCAUCGCCGUCGAGGGCAUGUUCCUUGGCCCGCCCACAAUGCUUCUCAUCUCCAUGCCCCACUCCAUAUGGAAUGUCGUCCAGCACGAUAAGGUCUGCUGCUUCUUGGGCUACAUUAGCUCUCACAACAUGAUUCAUCUGUAUGAAAAGCUGGUUGGGCCUGCCGGUAUCCGCCCCUCUGCCAAAGAAGUAGAGGACGGCCGUAUCCUGCUGGAAGCCAGGGAGCUGGCGGCGGGAACGCCUUCGCGGGCUCGGCGGGAUCCCGAUCCGUAUCUGCACGCGGCAGCUCGAGACGGCCUCGAGUACAGGUCGCAAAGUAGUCCGUCCGGAGCGACCUACACUCCAGCGCCCCCUCGAGCCAUCGCUCCCAUCAAGCCAAAGGACGAGGUGGAAGAUUCCGCAGAGAUGCAAGAAGCCGCAGAGCAGCUCAAGGCCCUCAGUCAUGUUCGACCUAGAAGUGAUGAUGGCCCUCCGGCUGCCCCCGUUCCAGCUCCCCCAGCUGCUGCUGCUGCCGCUGCCGCUGCCGCUGCGCCUCCCCCCGUGCGGCACCGAACAACGCUUCCGGAUGGCAUUCCUGAGUCGAGGCAUAUUGAGCCAAACAUUCCACGCGACGUCAAUGAUUCUGGGGUUGGCGAUGCCAUGGCACUAGACUCGACCCCAUUGCGUAUGAAGGCACCGCGACGGUCCCUCCCCAAGCAGGAGACUAGAUGUGAUCACUGUACUCAUGCGCCUUUCAAAGAUUCUUCGUCUCUUCGGAAGCACAUUGCGGCAGCCCAUACCCGGCCUUUUCCCUGCGCCUUUUCCUUUGCCGGCUGCGCCAGCACCUUUGGGUCCAAGAAUGAAUGGAAGCGCCACAUCGCUUCCCAGCACCUCUGCUUGACGUACUACUGCUGUUCGGCUUGCCCGCAGAGCUCGCAAGAAGGCAAGGGCAAUGAAUUCAACCGAAAGGAUCUCUUCACUCAGCAUCUCCGCCGAAUGCACGCCCCGUUCCAGAUCAAGAGGACCAUUGCCAAAGGCGACAGCAAGCUGCAGGCCGAAUGGGAUGCGCACGUCAAAGACAUGCAGCAGUCCUGCCUAGUUACCAGGCGGCAUCCUCCACAGAAGUCGGCCUGUCCCCGGAAAGAGUGCAACGCCCUUUUCGAGGGGCCCACGUCUUGGGACGAGUGGACAGAGCACGUUGGGCGGCACAUGGAGAAGGGCGAGGGCCAGCGGCUGGGCAUCGACAAGCUGCUGGCGGAGUGGGCUCUUGACGAGGGCAUCAUCGAGCUGAAGGGCGAUGGCGAGUAUCGUUUGUGCGCCACAAACGGCGUCCUCGCCGGUGGCAGCAACGGCAGCGUGAAUAAUGGCGUUGCUGGUUCUUCUCAGCCAGCUCUGGAGCACAAGGAGUCCAAUGCCUCUCUGGCGGAAAAUGCGUCUUCGGCGGAUGAGACCCAAGCCGUGGAAGUCAAGUCGACGGACGACAUGGAAAUGGCAGAAGGAUGA